GGAGGCCUCGCCCUGUCCGUUGCGCGGCCGGCAGGAGGCGCCUCGAGCCGGGCGCCAGCUCGGCUAACGGCGGGCGUGGGAGCCGCGCGCGGGGGACGCAGCUGACAGGCUGCGCUGAGGCUCCAGCCUUCCCCCAGCCAUUGGUUGAAAGCCUCAGUGGUUAUUCAUGAAGACGCACCCACCAUGUUUUAUGGGACUCAGUUGAUCAUGUCUCCUCCCACCAAGAAUAAGCUGAAGCGACAGAGCCAGCUCCUAUCCACAAUGCUGUCCCGGACACUGAGCUACAAGUAUCGUGACCUGGAUUCCACCUUCUGCAGCCUAGGUGCCAGCGACGACCCCUCGGAGCUCUCCACGCAGCUCUCGGCCCCCGGGGUCCUCAAGGUGUUUGGGGACAGUGUCUGUACAGGCACCCACUAUAAGAGUGUCUUGGCUACUGGCUCCUCCAGUGCCCAGGAACUGGUGAAAGAGGCACUGGAGCGCUAUGCCCUGGACCCUGAGUGUGCCGGCCAGUACGUGCUAUGUGAUGUUGUGGGCCAGGCUGGGGACUCUGGGCAGCGGUGGCAGGCCCAGUGCUUCCGAGUAUUUGGCGACAAUGAGAAGCCCCUCUUGAUCCAGGAAUUAUGGAAACCCCGAGAAGGCUUGUCCCGGAGGUUUGAGCUAAGGAAGAAGUCAGAUGUGGAAGAGCUGGCAGCGAGGGAUGUGGAUACCACCACCGCAGGGAUAAACGCCCAAGCCCGGAGGCUACAGCGUAUCCGUGCCAAGGGAACCACAGCCCUCACCUCUGAGGCUGCUCAAAGCUCCCCACCGACCAGGCUGCGCCGUACAGUCAGCGAGACCAGCCUAAGCCCAGCACCAUCGCUACCUGAGGCUGCCCAGAGGCCUGAGGAGCCCGUCCCUGAGGCCAUGCGUUACUCACUGUACCAGUGCCCGCACCUGCUGCUGUUGCAGGGCUACAGCCAGCAGCACGACAGCCUGGUGUACGUGCUCAGCAAGGAACGGCACACAGUGGGCCAGCGCACACCGUCUAGCAAACCCAGCAUCAGCUUGUCUGCCCCAGACAUCCUGCCCCUGCACUGUACCAUUCGCCGCCAUCAGUCCCCAGAGGGUGGCCCGGCAGGGACCAGGCUAGUGCUGGAGCCCAUCACAGGGGCUCCGGUGUCAGUCAACUUCUCAGAAGUGGGAAGGAACCCUGUGGUGCUACAACAUGGCGACCUCCUCUCCCUGGGUCUCUACUACCUGCUGCUGUUCAAGGACCCUGGGCAGGCACAGCCACUGCCUGCUUGUGCCCUUGCCCGUCUUGGGGCGGCACCACAGAGCUGUAGAAUGUGUGGUGCGGUGCUCAGAGCCCGUGGGGCCCCUUCCUUGCCUGCUGCUGUGGUCCGGCGGCGGUCACUGCUCCUGGAGUUUGAGCCCGAUGUGGAGGACACACUGCUGCAGAGGAUCAUGACACUGAUUGAGCCUGGGGGUGACGACCACAAGCUGACACCUGCCUUCCUCCUCUGCCUCUGCAUCCAGCACUCUGCCACGCACUUCCAGCCGGGUACCUUCAGGCAUCUCCUGCUCAAGAUCUCCAAAAGGGUCCGAGACACUGUCUGGGAGAAGACCAAAGAACUAGCAGAAAAGCAGGCACAACUCCAGGAGCCCAUCUCCUGGGCCAGCUUCCCCAUGGCUGACCUGGUUCCCGACCUGCAGCACAUCCUGUUUUGGAUGUCAAACUCCAUCGAGCUCCUGUACUUCAUCCAGCAGAAGUCCCCGCUGUACAUGCAGAGCAUGGAGGAGGAGCUGGACGUCACAGGCUCCAAGGAGUCACUGUUCUCCUGCACACUGACGGCCAGCGAGGAGGCCAUGGCUGCCCUGGAGGAGGUGGUGCUCUAUGCUUUCCAACAGUGCGUGUAUUACCUCUCCAAGUGCCUGUAUGUCUGCCUCCCGGCCCUCUUGGAAUGCCCCCCAUUUCAGACAGAGCGCAGGGAGAGCUGGCGCUCAGGUCCCGCUCUGCCCGAGGAGCUUCGGCGAGUGGUGUCAGUGUUUCAGGCCACCUUGGACCUCCUGCGGCAGCUGCAGAUGCAUCCUGAGGUGGCCUCCCAGAUGCUGGCUUAUCUCUUCUUCUUCUCUGGCACAUUGCUCCUCAACCAGGUCCUGGACAAGGGGCCCUCUCUGAGUUGCUUCCAUUGGCCCAGGGGUGUGCAGGUGUGUGCCCGCCUGCAGCAGUUCCUGGAGUGGGCCCGGAGUGCUGGCCUCGGAGCACCUGCUGAGCGCUUCUUCCGGAAGCUUUCCUGCACCCUGCAUCUGCUGGCCACUCCCAGGGCUCAGCUCAUCCAGAUGAGCUGGGCCACCCUGAGGGUCACAUUCCCUGCCCUGAACCCUGCUCAGCUGCACCGGCUUCUGACUCAGUACCAGCUGGCCUCUGCCAUGGGCCCUGUGAGCGCUUGGGAGCCAGGAGCCCCAGACAGCCCCGAGGCCUUCCAGUCAGAGGACAUCCUGGAGUCCUAUGAAAACCCGCCGCCCAUCGUUCUGCCGAGCCAGGGCUUCCAGGUGGACCUGGAGGCCGACUGCGUGGAGGACAGCAUCUACCAGCACCUGCUCUACAUCCGCCACUUCCUGUGGGGGCUGCGGGGCCAAGCCAGCCCUGACAGUGGGCCUGCCCAGCCCGAGAGCAUCGAGGGCCUGUACCACACAAUUCCUGAGGGCCAUCUGGAAGGCCAUGGCUGCCCCCUGGCCAAUAGGGACCCAGGCAGAGUUGCUGUUGAAACUGCCCCUACCCAUUCUCUUCCUGUCACGGGAGCUCCCUGGGCUCAGGGUCCCCCUGGAAGACAGCCUACCCGAGGGGACCGCAGGGGCUCCCAGGCUGGCUCUCUGCACACUGACUCCUCCUGCCUGCUCACUCCGCCCAGCACGCCACUGGGCCUGGAGCCUGCAGGCCCCAGCUGGCCAGAGCCCAGCGGCCUCUGUGGAAGAGCAGUCCUUGACGGGCAGAGGAAUGGGCCAGGUGGUCUUCCUGGUGCAGUCCUAGAAGGAGAUGAGAUUCAGGAUGCUGAGCCUCCUGCUGAGGCCUCCAGCCCCAGCUCCAGCGCUGAGGACUUCUGCUACGUGUUCAUGGUGGAGCUGGAGCGAGGCCCCUCCGGGCUGGGAAUGGGCCUGAUUGAUGGGAUGCACACACCUCUGGGGGCCCAGGGACUCUACAUACAGACCCUGCUUCCCGGGAGCCCUGCGGCAUCUGAUGGGCGGCUGUCACUGGGAGACCAAAUCCUGGAGGUGAAUGGCAGCAGCCUGAGAGGUGUCAGCUACAUGAGGGCAGUGGAUUUGAUCCGACAUGGAGGCAAGAAAAUGCGAUUCCUGGUUGCCAAGUCUGACAUGGAAACGGCCAAGAAAAUCCGCUUCCGCAAGCCCCCUUCCUAAUAGACCAAAGGACCCUUGUCCCCACCACCUGUUUCCUGUAUCCUCGCCAGGUGCCACCAACAGCCACCACGGCGCUUGCCCUGCCCUUCACACCCCAGUCCAGCCAAUCCUGGUUUUUAAAGUUGACUGAGUGAGUCCCUAUGUUGUGGCCUCACGUUGAGGACACCUUUGACAGUGUGCAUCUUAGUGUAUAUUUAUUUAUAUGACAGAUGACACUAAGUUGUGACAUUUCCUACAGAGCUUUUAUGUUUAAAGACUUUAAUGGAGAGUUUAGAUUCAAUAAACUAUCUUUUGUAUUCUUAUA